AUUUAUUGCAGAUUUGGUUGUAUUACUGGGCUUGAUCUUUGGAGAGUCCACACAAAUUGAUGAUGGGCAACGUAAGGGAAACAAGAGACAAAAACAAACUCAAAGGAGAAUAGAGACCCACGAAAAUAUUAUGUCAGUGUGGCACAAGGCAUAAAAGUUUACAAGAUAAUAUUGGUGUCAAUUUUAAUGUCAUCCAAAAACAAUUUACUUGAGUAUUUAAUUUUUUUUUAAUAAACUUGGGACGGACCGGGCUCUAUAAAAAGCGGUCCAUCCUCUGCUAGGCUUCAUUCUGUCACUGAGAGGAUUUUCUUCAUAUACUCUCACUCCAAAAGGAAAACAGAGCAAAUUUUCUUCCAUUUUCUCCAUCUUCUUCUCUCUCCCUUGGCCACAGAUCAUGGAAUACGCCAUGUUUCCUCCGAUCAAAUACACGGAGCACAGAAACGUUGUCAAGCACUUCUUUAACAAGCCCAGUAAGUCGCCUGACGUCCGGCGGACUGUACGGAUUUCGGUAACCGACCCCGACGCUACGGAUUCCUCCGGCGGAGAAGAGGAGGAGUCUUUCGGACGGCAGCGUGUGAAGAGAUAUAUUCAUGAGAUUCGGAUUGAGAGGGGGUCCGAUUCCGCCGCUGACGGCGGUGUUGGGAGGAACGGUAGGAAGAGGCCGCCGGAGCCGGUUCCGGCCAGGCAGAAAGGAGGGAAGGGGAAAGAUGUUCUUGGCCCGUCGGGUGUCUCCGGCGGUGUCAGGAAGUUCCGGGGCGUAAGGCAACGGCCUUGGGGAAAAUGGGCUGCCGAGAUCCGGGACCCGACCCGACGGGUCAGAGUUUGGUUGGGGACAUAUGAAACGGCUGAGGAAGCCGCGGCGGUCUACGACAAUGCCGCUAUUAAGCUCCGUGGACCGGAUGCGCUGACCAAUUUCGGAGUCCCGCCGGGGAAGCAGGGGAACGGCGCUUCUGUUUCCGGCUACGAUUCCGGCGACGAGUCCCGCAACGUUUCGUCUCCGACGUCUGUUCUCCAGUUCAGAACCGCCCAAUCGGGCGAGGAAUCUUACCAGACAAACGAUUGCAGGGAGUCCAAUCACAACACGACUUCGCCGGCGAUUCAAGAAUGCCACGGAGAAACGAACACAGUGCCGGACCCCUCCCAAUAUUUCCCGACGGACCUUCCGUUCAUCGACGACUUCUUCGACACCCAACAUUCGGAGCAGUCGUUAAUCGGCGACGCAUCGCCGGGUUUCUUCCCUUCUUUCGACGAUUUCUCCCGGAACGCAUUCCCCGACGAAUUCUUUAGCGACGAUUUCGAGAUCUUUAAUGAAUCUUUCCAAGACCUGGGAACCUUGGGCGUCGACGACUAUUUCCAAGACUGCGGCGGCGACUUCCCCAGCGUGGAUGCACUCUUGGAAGUGCUAUAGUGUCCCUAUCAGGUUUAUCCGAUCGCCGGCUUGCCAGUUUUCCGGCAAAUUUUGUUCACCGUCGGCGACGCUCCAAAGGCGUCUAGAAUCCGUUAUACUAUUACAGAUGUGUGGUACCGUAACCGUUAAAAUAGACGGAAGUUGAGUGGGUCUGUUUAUUGUACGGAGUAUAAUAAUUAAAACAAUUAUAG